CAGCGCACCGCCCCCGGCUGCAGCACCAACUGCAAGCCGCGACUCACUGAGCUGCUCAUUCUUAAAAAUGCUCAAGUUGAACCGGACGGGGCUCACCAACUCGCCACUUUGACGCGGACUUUUGCGCACCGAAUGGUAUGUUUACGCAUGACGGCGGUGUUUGGGGAGGCACUUCUGAAACAGGGCUGCUGCAGUGGUGGAGUUUUGCAGGGAGUUUUAUUUGGAGUAAUCUGUUUUGGAGUUUAGAGUUGACGUUUUUGAUGCGCAGGCUGGACCGCUUAACACACGGAAAGUGAGUUCUCUUGCGCCAGGCGUUGUAGGAAAGUUGUAUUAGACUUAUGCGCCCGGUAUGUUCUUUUUUCCCUCUCGUGGUAGGCUUGCUAAGUGAGUGAUGAUUGAUGUAGAUAUGUCAGCACUACUGAGCGCCCAUCCGCACACUCCAUCAUCCCGUGGGCCAGGAAAGUAAGAAACCACCUGUUGUGAAUGUUUUCUGGAGCUUCCCACGGAUAUACCCGAGCCGCUAAACAAGACAUCGGACAGGCGCAUCAGAGUCCACCAAGACAUGUAAAACCGCGCAUGAUGUUGCCAUGGUGUCCCGGGCUAAGAUGAGGAGUACUGAGCCCCAGUUGCUGCGCUCAGAAUGGCUCGGGAGGACGCGGUGAGGUGCCUGCGCUGCCUGCUGUACGCUCUCAAUUUACUCUUCUGGCUGAUGUCAGCAUGUGUCCUGGGAGUGGCAGCUUGGCUCAGGGACUACCUGAACACUGUACUGACCCUGACAGCCCACACUAGGCUGGAGGAAGCAGCAGUUCUUACAUAUUCCCCAGCUGUCCAUCCUGUUAUCAUUGCAGUGUGUUGUUUUCUAAUCAUUGUGGCCAUGGUGGGCUACUGCGGCACACUGAAAUGCAAUCUACUGCUCUUGUCCUGGUAUUUCGGCAGCCUGUUGGUGAUCUUCUGUGUGGAGCUGGCCAGUGGUGUGUGGACCUACGACGAGCCCUCAGUGCAGCGCUCCGACAUGAUCAGCCUGAAGUCCCGGAUGCCAAACUACGGCCUGCAGCGCUACCAGUGGCUCACACACACCUGGAACACCUUCCAGACCGAGUUUAAAUGCUGCGGGGUGAUUUACUUCACUGAUUGGCUGGAGAUGACAGAGAUGGAGUGGCCGCCAGACUCCUGCUGCUCCAAUCAGUAUCCAGGAUGUGCUCGCCAUGCCCACUACCGUGACCUCAGCGACCUCCACCAAGAGGGCUGCGGGCCAAAGAUUUACAGUUUCAUCCGAGGCACGAAGCAGCUGCAGGUCUUGCGUUUCCUGGGCGUGUCCAUUGGCGUGGCUCAGAUCCUGGCCAUGGCGCUCACCCUCACCCUGCUCUGGGCCCUCUACUAUGGCCGCAAAUCCCCAGAACUGCCCCCUCCGAUGCCAUCAGACGACUCUGCCCCCCUCACAGUGACCCACGGGCCCUCAGGGGAAGCCACAGAGUCGGGCUGCAUCCGUGCACCCAAGGUCUGGGCCUCCAAUGUGACAGCCACACCCAAUGGACACCAGUUUGAGAUGGAGCGGCUGUCGUAGCACUGAGCCCCAAGCCUGAACUCGUUCAAGAACUCAAGCACCUUAAAGGACAAUAAUGACAUUCGAUGGAAAACUUGGAGAAAUUUUGUGUGGACAAGUGGUACGAAUGAUGAAAGAUCGAAAAGACAAUGUCCCCGUCAUGAACCCUGCGAUGGAGAAGCGCUGGCUUGCGGUACUUUGUCUGAGGUACUUUGUGGUUCUUUUCGGACGCCACCAGGAUUCAUGUUUUGGAAGUCAAAUCGAAUCACCACUAUCUGAGAAAGGAGGAAUCCAACAGUGGAUUGUUUUUUUUUUCCUUCCAAUCCUCACUUUGUUCUCUUUGGGAUUGUCACCACUAGUAAAGAGGCAUAACGAUGUCUUAAUUCUUCUUGGAACUUUGUAACUGAGAUCUGAGGCUGUAAAAACUGGCUUUGGAACUUUGGAACAAACAAGGAAAAUUGAGUUAGUUGUCGCUGUUUUGAGGCAUGUCCUCGUGAACUGGCAUCGCACACCACUGGAAGUUAAGCAGAGACAUUUCAUAGGGAAAAAAAA